AUGAAGUUUACCAAGAGUCUGGUUGACACACUUUCAAAGUCGCUUGACAACAUUUUAGGAGAAGUAACCAAGUAUUCAGAAUCUAAAGAACCAUCAUUAAUCGCUCCUGCUUGUACAAUUGGUGUUACCGACUUGAAUUCAAAUAUUUAUUUAAAUACCAAAGGGGUGAGUAAUAUAAAUGAACUAGAAAAAUUAGCUAAUAAUGAUAAUUUAUAUGCCUUGUUUUCAUGUACUAAAUCAAUCACUGUAAUGGGUGCAUUAGUACUAUAUGAAAGAGGAAAAUUAGAUUUACAUAAACCUGUUUCAUCAUAUUUCCCUGAAUUUGCAUCAAUUGGAGUUUUGGAACCAGGUAUUGUCGAUAAAAAAACUGGAGAAUUAUUAAAACCAUUGAAAGCUCCCUUAACUCAAGUUACUGCCAAACAUUUGAUGACUCAUACAUCUGGGUUUUCAUAUGGUUUUAUUCAUCCUGAUUAUUUCACAUUAAUUACAAAAGGUGAAGUAAUGGAUCCGGUUAAUCCUCCUAUUGAAUUUUUUUUCAAAAAGACUCCAUUAGUACAUGAACCUGGAACUGCAUGGAUGUAUGGUCAUAGUAUAGAUUGGUUAGGGUUCAUAAUAGAGAAAAUUAGUGGUAAAAAAUUAGGGGAAUUUUUAAAGCAAGAAAUAUUUGAACCAAUUGGUAUGACUUCAUGUACUUUCCAUCCUAAAACAGUUGAAAACUUAAACAGAGUUCAUUAUAGAAAAAGUGAUGAAAGUUUAAAAUUACAAGAGAAAUUUUCAUUGAGUUUAGAUCCGAAUUUAGAUUUAGGAGGUCAAGGAUGUUAUGGAACAGUUGGUGAUUAUUUGAAAUUUAUUAGAGUAUGGUUAAAUCUUGGGUUUAGUCCUGAUAGUGGUAAAAGAAUUCUUACAACAAACACCGUUGAAUAUGCUAGAAGAAAUCAUUUACCAGAAAAUAUUCAUCUAGAAUUCGUGGGAUUAGCUCAAAAUCUUAUAGAUGAUGAUGAACCAAACAAGAAACAAGAUGGUUGGACUUUAACAGGAAAUGCAUACAAUUCUAAUGAUUUACCAACUGGUAGACCAGCAGGAACAAUUUAUUGGGGUGGAUUAGCGAAUUUAAGUUAUUGGAUAGAUUUUGAGAACGGAAUUGCAGGGUUCUAUGCUGUUCAAGUAUUGCCUUACAUGGAUGAAUUUAAUGUUGAGUAUAUAGAAAAAUUUGAAAGUGAAGUUUAUAAAGCUGUUCAAGAAAGUAAAUCAACCACAGCUAGAUUUUAA